AUGGAUAAUAACAAUUUACCACCACCACCACUUUUAAAGACACCACCACCACUUUUGCCAAAGAGCAAUAGUGCUGGAUCGCUUUCACCACCGAAUAAGAGUUUACCGACACCAAACAAACCACCACCCCUCUCAAAGCCACCACCUUUGGCCAAGCCACCUCAUCUUGGUGGUCCACAACAGACAUCACCACCAUCUCAACUUCCACCACAGCAGACACCACCUCUACCUCCCAACGUCUCAGGACAACCAAAACCACCCAAUAAACUGCCACCACAACCACCAGCAAAACUAAUGACUGGAACACCAACUAGCACUUCAACAGGUAGUCUACCACUGCCAUCUCAAUAUCAACAACAACAACAACAACCAAGACAACCACCACCUGUAAACUUACCACCUUUGCCGCCAUCGAAUAUGGGCGUCAAUCAAAUGCCACCACCUCCACCAAUGCCAACUAAUUUACCACCACCACCACCUCUCAACACCGCACAAAUGCCACCACCACCAGCGAUGCCAACUACACUUCCACCAUUGCCAUCAUCGAUAGCCAACCUUCCACCACCACCAAUGCCAACCAAUUUACCACCACCACCAAUCAACACCAGUGGAAACAGUAUCAAUGCGAUCCCAUCGACAAACAUAUCACCAACAGUCAUUGGAAAGUCGCAACAAGCUCCACCACCAAUCCUUAGUCCACCACCACCUCUAGCAACACCACCACUUGUACCAAUAUCCAACCCCAAUCCAAUGAACUCCUCGACAGAAUCAUUCUCACCACCACCAUCCAACAGAAACUCUGUUGAUUUAACAGCUUUGGAUUUCCCUGAAAUUAAUACUCAAAAUAGAAUUGCUGAAGAGAAUUUCAAUUAUCUAAAGGAUAUUUAUACUAAAAUUACAAAGAGAUCUCAAGCAAGUUCUUCAACAUCAAGAGAAGGUCAUAGUUUAGCAGAGGCAUUUAAGAAUUAUGGAACAAUGUUGAUUGCACAACAAGAUAAUAUUAUGGGUCAAUGUAUGUUUAAGGUUGGAGAUUUACACAGAGAUCUAGAGACUUUUAGAGAUCGUUUGGAUAAUCAGACUUUGUCUGGUCUUCGUGGUACCGUCGAUCAGUAUGUAAAUCGUGAUAUCAAGUUGGUUCGUGCCUCAAAGAAGAACUUUGACAAGGUGCGAUCUCUCUAUGACACCAUCGAUGGCAAGUGCAGUGCCAAUGCAUCAAAGAGCAAAGGAAUCAACUUGGUAAGACAGGCAGAGCUGCAACAAGAGCGUGAUUUCCUCAAGGGUCGUGUCACCUCGACUGGACAGGAGUCAGCAACCACCAUUCGUUUGGUUAAUGAGUCAAACUCGGUCGAGAUGAUGGAGCAAAUCAUAGAGUAUGUCGAAAGCUUGCAACAAGCUUCGAGACUACUGACGGAGCAACUCGAUACAAUGCAGCCAGUUCUGGCCAACUACAAGAAGGAAGCACAGAAGCGAAAGUCAGAGUUGGAGAAAUCCAUUGACCUUCAGAAACAACUGGAUCGUAACUCGGUUGGUGGAAACGGUGCCAACAAAGAUUCGCGAGUCAACAACUCGUCCGAUAACAUUGAGCGUGAAGUUCAGGGAGAGGAUCCAAAACGUGCAAGAGUUCGUCGUUUUAUUUCGGCGGAGCGAAACUAUGUGAGUGGACUGAGUACUCUGGUGCAGGUGUAUCUCGCCGGUCUGAGAACGGACGACCGUCUCUUCAGUAAGGUCUUCAAGGAAGACGAAGUAGCAAUAUUCGCAAAUAUCGAACCGCUGCUAUCGCAUCAAACGAAAUUCCUGGAGGAGUUGGAAGGCUGUUUGAAACAAUAUGGUGAGCCAGGCGGACCAACUCUUGGUCAGACAUUCUUCAAGGCAUCGGGCAAGUUCAUGUCACUCUACUCGGUGUAUGUCGGUAACUUUUCAAAGGCAUUGACCACUCUGAAUCGUGUGAAGCAAUCUAAGAAUUUCCAGGCAUUCCUAAAGACCUGUGAGGAAAAGUCGGAUGGCGCAGACAUUGAUUCACUCAUUCCAACUCCACUCACUAGAAUCACCAGCUAUAUGAUAUUCCUCCAGGACCUCAAAGAAACCGACAGUUCCGAUCCAAACGAAGCCAACUCGAUUCGUGGUGCUCUCGACAAGAUGCAAGCAUUGGGUAAUCUAGUGGGACAAUCACACAACCUGAUUCAAUUGAUGAAACUCCAGCAAUCGUUGAUUGGAUUCGAUGCUUCCUAUUUGGUAGAGGAAGGACGUUUCUUGUUGAAGGAAGGCACUGUUUCAAUGUCGAUUGGCAAUGCACCGGUAUCCUCCUACUAUUGUAUAUUAGUUAGUGAUCUAUUGAUCUAUUGUAAGAAACAGACUGCGCUCUUCCCCUCGGUUCUCUAUGACAAUACACUGGCAAUUGCAAGUGGAUCGUCCAGCAGCAAUCUCGGUAGUAAUACCAAGUAUAAAUUCGUUGGAAAGCUAGAGGUUAAGAAUAUGGACUUAAAGACAUCACCAAAGGACGAUGAAAAGACAUUCGUUCUUACAUCGGGUGUAGGAAAUAAUUUGGUGACCGUAUCGGUUCAAUUUGAAAACAAAACAAUCAAAGAGGAUUGGUGGUCAACCAUCUCCAAAGCAAUCUCCAAAGCAAAUCAAAACAAGAUUUUCUCGAUUCCACUCGAGCAUAUCUAUGCACGUCCAGCCGAACAAGGUCGUGCCAUCCCACUUUUCGUACAGAGAAUCUUGGAUUAUCUCUAUGAGAAUGCUGCUUCGGAGGAAGGAAUCUUCCGUCUCUCUGCAAAUCAACGAGUGCUCGAUGCAUCGCGUGAGGAAAUAGAGACUGGAGUGGAACUAGACUACUCGGAGCUCGAUAUCCAUGUGGUGGCAUGUCUUUUGAAGCUGUGGGUGAGAAAUCUACCGGAACCACUGCUAACUUUCAAGGAGUUUGAUUCGUUUGUGGAGAUUGCCGAUAUCGAUUCCAAGCGUGACAAGUACAUCGCUUUGAAAGCAUUGGUCGAGAAGAUUCCACAGAUCAACAGAUUCUGUACGUUCUAUCUCAUGCGAAUGCUGACCAAGGUAUCCGAUAAUUGUCAGGUCAACAAGAUGACGCCAAACAAUGUUAGUAUUGUAUUUGCCACACUGCUUCUCAGAAAGAAGGGUGCAUCGCCAAUGGAUUGCACUGCUUUCAACUCGAUCUUCAGUUUGGUCGAAUGUUUUAUGACUGGAUUCCACGAGAUCUUCAUCGAUAUCGAGAAGGAAUACCACAGACACCAGACGGAGCAGAGCGAUGCGAUGAAGCGUCGUACGAUGCCACCGACCAAGUCGUUGCCAGGCAUUCCACCAACAUCGUCGCCAAUGUCGCUGCCAUCGUCACCAGACAACUCACCACAACCCACUCGCAGUGCAAUGAACCACCACAGCCGAAACAACAGCAGCGGCGGCAAUGGCGCUUCCAACGAAGACAGUGACUCUGACGACGACGAAGGAUUCUCAAUCGGAACCAACAGUAAGGCAUCGAUCACCAUUCAACUCGGUGAGAUCGUCAAACAAGGAUAUCUCACAAAGAAAGGUGCUAUGCGUCGUAAUUGGACAAAACGUUGGUUCGUACUCAAAAAUGGAUAUCUAUUCUACUUUAAGACUUCGCGUGACAAGAAACCAAAAGGUAUCAUUCAACUGGUCAAUGUCUCUGUUUCGAAAUCCUACUACAAGCCAUAUUGUAUGGCAUUGAAAUCAUCUGGUUCCUCAGACGAACGUGAAUUCCUCAUUUGUGCAACGAAUCAAACAGAAUUGGAAGAAUGGAUAGUUUCAAUCAAUAAGUGUUCAACAAAGGAAUAA